CUCUAUACUAAAUUAAGAAAAAAACAAUCUUCUUUUUCAUAUUUUAUCCUUAUCAUUAACUACUCAUUUUCUAAGACUUUUGGAAAUACUAUGUUUAUUAUGGAAAAAAUUAUAAAAUAUAUACUUCAUUUAUUUUUUUCUUAAAAGAAGUGCAAAAUCAAAAGUGAACAACUAAAAAUAAACGACGGAAUUAGUUUAGAAGACUUAAGGGUUUCUCCUUACGGAGAUAGAUCUGCAGCAAUUUGAGUUACCGGUUGUUGGGAAUCCUCACAAGAGGUAUGAACUCCCUUAUUUUCACAACACAAACAUCUUCUAGUGAUGCAAGAAUAUUUUUGUGUAGCUAGUCCCUAAACGUCGUUUGUUUUCCACAAAAAAAAAAACGUUAGAAAAAUCUUAUCUUUCUACACCCAUUAUAAUGUAUUUAUAAAUUAUAAGUAUGAUUUAGGAGGAUUUAAAGUUAAUGAGCUAAUGCGUUAAUUAGCAUGUCUUAUAGAUGAACCCAACCCAAUAAUUUUUUUUGAUAAGGUACCAAAUUAAGAAGAAAUGUCAUUUCAAGAUUGUUGAUUUCGGAUUGGUGAUGGGCAUAAUAAGAAAGGACUAGAUGAUAUAGAUAAAGUUAGAAAUGGUCAAAAUAAUUUUUUUAAAUGAUUGUAAAAUAGUUGAUUAAAUAAAGUUAACUAAGAAAUUAUUGGUGUACUACUUCAAAUAUCUUUCUUGUAUUGAAAAAACUUUCCUUUUAACAAAUGGCUUGCUACAAAAAUUUGAUCGGCCUAAAAUCUCAACUAAACAUUUAUCAAAGAACUGAAUAUUCUUUUCAAAAGGACUAUAAGGAAUAUAUAUUAUUGCAUAUAUACAGCUAUGCUCUCUUAAAAUUUAGCUUUGAUCACCAAAACAAAAAAAAUGGAUGGCAUUAAUCUGGAUAUGUUUUCUUUCUAUUCUCUUCCUUUAAUAUUUUUUUGUCUUUUAAAAUGAAAUAUUGUUGUAGUGGAGCAACAAAAAGAUGACCAAGUACAUGAUACGGACAUUGAAACUAGUUUGGUAUUAUUAUUUUUUUCUUAAAAAACAGAAAGAUAUUGUUACUUUAUUAGAUUAUCAACUCCUUAAUCUGUAUCGGAUAAUAAAGUUAAAUAAUCUAAAUGUUAAUUUACUAAAAAUAUUGUUCUUUAAUAACAUAGUAGGACCAACUUCACGUGAACAUCAAACUCUCUGCAUGAGAAGUCAGCCCUAUCCCUACACAAAUAUUUUGAACCUUCCCUAUGUAUAUUAAACAAUUCAAAAGAAUAAUUUAAAAAUAUUUUCAAGACUUGAAUUUUUUUUUUGUAUAAAUGCAACAACAUAAAAGCAUUACACCAUUUCAUUACAAAUUCCCAAACUUUAUCUCAUUUCUCUAACAUGAAUAAUUUCUUGAAUUCUCAAUACCUACAUAAACACCAAUCUAUAUUGAACCACAACAAAAAGAGGCUAAAUCAAGACCAAGUCAAGAGGUUGGAGGAGAGUUUUGAUUCAACAAAGAAGCUUGAGCCAGAGCAAAAAACCCAACUUGCUAAAGAGUUGGGUGUUCCUCCACGACAAAUUGCUAUAUGGUACCAGAACAAACGAGCUAGAUGGAAGAACCAAAGCCUCGGGCUUGACUACAAUGCACUCCAACAUAAGCUUGACACUGCAUUAGCUGAGAAGAGGAAGAUUGAGAAAGAAAAUGAACGUCUUCGAGUCGAGUUGAAGAAGGUAAAUGAGAUGUUAGUUGCUUGUAAAAAAGCACAAGGACAUGAGGAAACACAAGGAUUAAUUCCUUUAAUUGCAGCUAAUUCCAUUUCUAGUGGUUGUGAGGAAGUAGUAGUGAGUUCUAGCUUCCAAGAAGAUGUGAGUUGUUCAUUGGUAAAAAAUAAUAGUGAGUCUAAUUUGCAAUUUGAUGAGCUUUAUGCUUGUUUGAUGGGUGGAGAAGAAGGAUCAAAUUGUCGUUUAAGUUGGCAAAAUGGAAAAGAUCUUUGGGUGUGGAAAAAUUGAAAGACAUGUAUUAUAUAUUGAAACAAUUUACGUACUGUAUUCUGUUGCUUACAUCAAACUAAUUAAUACGAGAUAUGUGUUUUUCAUGCACAUAUUUAUC